UCUACGCCAAAUGCGGCUCGAGCGUUCCAGGCGAGCCAACCCGUGAGCGGCGACAUAGUUUGUUGUCGAGGACACUGUGCGCGGCGGCCGUCAGCGCGCGAACGCUCCUUGGAACGAACCGUCACCACCGCCGCCGCCGUCCCCGACGAUACCGUGCGAGAACUCUGGAAUUUCCUCUUGUUCCCACACCCCGCGGUCUCCCUUGCCCUCCUCUGCCAUAGAGUCGGAUAGAACGCCCGGCUCGACUGGCAAACUGCGCACACUCGGACGCGAAGCGCUCGCUCGUACGCCUGAGCGAAUAGGGAACCCCCAUCCCGAGCACCGUCGCGCGCCAACAUGGCUCAGACCGCGCCCCCAUCAUCCGCAUCCGCCGCGCAGACGAUCUACGCCCAGUCUCCCCCGUCCGCCUCCAUCCUGGCACAGCGCCGCCGCUCGACCGCCGCGCACGCUCGCCCAGCAGGCCCUCCGCCCAGCCAUCCCAUUCCCAAUCUUCCGCCAGCGGGUCCCCCGCCCGCCGUGCAGCUGCCCAGACCUCCUGCGGACGAUCGCUAUGAUGACCAGCCGUACAGCGAGGGCCGCCCCAGCCUCGGCAGCCGCUCUCAGUCAGCCCCCUUCGCGCGUCCAGCCGCUUCGCCAGGCCUUGCUGCCGUUGCUAGCUUCGCCGAGGCUCGCGACCGCCAAGCUGCGGCUUCCUCUUCAUCAUCACGCGCGUUCGCACCCGUGUCGCCAUCUUCUGAGGACCUCCUCGACCCACCCCCGCCGUCACUACUGCCUCCACGCUCGGCGCACGAACCACCGCCCCCUCCCUCGCCCGAUCGGCUUGAGCCUCCGCAAGAAAACCGGCGCCCGCCAUCUUCGCGUCGCGCCCUCACUCGCGCCCUCGAGCUCGCCCGGGAAGCCGUCGAACUCGACUCCUCCAAUGUGGACCCCGAGGCGGCCGUGAUGGCAUACGGCCGCAGCGUUGCUCUGCUUAGCGAGGUGAUGGAACGUGUCCGGCGGGGCGAGGAUAGCACCGACCCGCGCAGGCGGAACGGGAGACGACGCAGCGUAGUUGCCCAGGAAGAGGAGAUCCGGCGCUUGCAGCAGAUUGUGAGCGUUCCUGCAAUGUGUUUGAUGGAUCGCUAACGGCGCCUCGCAGCACGAUACGUAUGCC